AUGCUCUGCGCAGGUGUUUUCGGUCGUGCCUUGUUAAAGCUUACCGGCAGCUUUGCCUUUUGCAAUUCUUCCGAGAGCCACAAUUGUGCCAAAAGCAUCUUGACCUCAGAUAGGCUGCAGGUGGUUGUGAUGCUUUCAGAGUUCUUUAAUGAAACUUGGGAGGCAGCCAACUGUGCAAAUUGCCUAAAGAACAGCAGUGAGGGAUUAUCAAAUUCUACUGUAGAAUUCCUGGAUUUAUUCAAUAAAUCUCUGACAUGUUUUGAACAUAACCUUCAGGGACAAACUAUCGAUCUGUCGCCAAAUAACUACACAGAAGUAUGUAAAAACUGCAAUGCCACCUACAAAAUGUUGAAUGACCUGUAUAACAACUUACAGAGGAUGAACAGACAAGGUGGUGAGUCAGGACACUCGGCGCACUUGUGUAUUGAUGUGGAAGAUGCAAUGAACAUCACUCGGAAGCUUUGGAGCAGGACUUUCAACUGUUCUGUUCCCUGCAGCGAUACAGUCCCAGUGAUUGCGGUUUCAUCCUUCAUUCUCUUCUUACCUGUUGUUUUUUAUCUUAGUAGCUUCCUUCACUCAAAGCAGAAGAAACGCAUACUCAUUUUGCCCAAGCGUAUCCAGUCAAAUGCCAGUCUUGUGAACAUCCAAGAAAAAUACAGCUGAGCUGCAAAACAAAACCUGAGAACUGCUGCUGGUAUACAGUGGGUACAAUUGUGUUGGAAUGAGGCCGACACAAAAGAGGAGUUAAUUAUGGUUUAGUGUAAUGAUACAGAGCAACACAAGUUAAACAAAAUGCUGUCUGACUUCUAAGCGAGGGUAUUAACAAACAUGACAAGGCAGGGCUGUGUGACACUGUAUGGACUCUGGUUUUGAAAAAUCUGUGGGGUUUUUUUCAGGCUCGGGCUGAAGCUGAUGUUUUCCUGACUCUUAAGCUUUUGUACUUGUCAUCAGCAGAGUUGUUACACUUCCCUUGCAUGCUUUUUUUCCUCUUUGAUUUUUCGUAUUUAUUUCACAGAAGCCUGUCGUGCCGUUGUCUUCCUUUCUGAACUGUCUGAGAUCCUGAGUCUUUCCGAGGUGAUUCUCACAGACAGGAGAAGCUUGAAAUAAUUUUUGAUGUUUCUAUUUGAAAUGUUAUGUUUAAUUCCAUGUAAUAUUCAGUCUUGUCAGAUCUUGGACGUAUGUGAGACCAUUUAAAAAAAAAAAAGUAAAGUUUCUGUUUCCAAUAGUGCUCUCUAAAGCCAUGCUGCUUAGUUGAUUGUGAUGGUCUCUGUAAAAGGCAUGAAAUAUGCAGAGGAAGUGGUAAUAUAUUAUGUCCAAUGCCAGCAACAAAAGCAACAGAACUGCCAGUGCUAGUCAUGAAUAGUAAUCAUUGAUGACUACAGUAUUUAGCUAUCUUUGAAACAGGCGGCAUAUUUAGUCACUUGCACACUUAAACCACUAAAAUCAUUGCUUUUCAAAUGUUAAAUUUUCAGAGGCUUAUUUUAGAUGUCUGCCUGUGCAACUGAAUGCUUCCCUGUUUGUCUCUUUAUUGAGUUGUUUCCUUUCCCUUUUCAAUUAUAAAGUCUAUUUUUUUUAUUUUUAUUUUUUUGCUUUUAUGGAGAAGUGAGGUAAAGUCAAGACACUGGAGAUGCUGAAUUUGCUCAUGUACAGCUUGCUGUGGCUUAAAACUGAGGUGUUUGCAGGAACACUGUCACUGUAGGGGAAAAAGCUACCUUUUUCUAGAUACCACAUAUUUUAGCAGUAAAUGAACUAGAGAAUUCUCUAGCUUAAAAGCUAUCCUGAAGGGCUAUGUUGGGAAUUGUUGACUUUCAAGAAACAUGUUCAAAAAUUAGCCCUGUGAAAUAGGUGAAUGUAAAUAAAUGUAACCUUGCAGGAUUCCAAAAGUGAGGUAGAGGUGGUAGAAUAACUGCAGGGAUGGACAGUGCUACUGCAGCAAUACCCACAGUUCAAUUUGGUGUUUGAUGGUCCUAAUUUGGGAGAGUGGUGAAUUGAAACCACUCUUACAGUUACACUUGAGGUUAAUGAAAGCUAGAGCCUUUGCUCCCAUUUUUAGGGGGGUGUGUGUGUUAUAACUGUGAGAUUAAAAAUGAGUGGCCAUAUUAGCUGAAAAAUUAAAUUUCUCUGGGAGCCUGUGUGUCUGAGAUAUAUCAAAAAAUUACCAAACAGCUUUUUGUAUUUUACUUGCUUUGGGACUCAAUCUGUGUAACUUUUCCUUUGCACAAAGACUGAAAUAAAUAUAUAACAAAACAGUCCUAAAGCCCUUCAAGCCACUGAUUCUAUUGGGAUUUUUUGAGUCAGAACAUAGUAUGAGUUUUAAACUCAAGUUUGGCAGUCUGUUUAGUAUUAUGUAAAACAAUGUGUUAGUGAUUGGCCCCACCCUCAUGAUUGCUUUCUUGUAUUUUAUCACUAAGAAGUGGUUAUCACCCUCUGUUAACCAUGUGAAUUACUAGGUCAACAUUUAUUUUUUUUUCCUAGGUAGUUUGUAACAAUAAUAGAAAGUUAUCUUCUUACAGCUGGGAGAGGCACACUGCCCUAAAAAAAAAGGAUAUUAUUUUUGUAUUUUAUUCUUUAACUUUCUGGGACUUGUUCAGCUGCCUUCCCUAAUAGCAUUAAAUUGAUUUGGGACAUCAUAUGAUUGAGAGCUGUUCAAAGCAAUCUUUCAUUCAUGCAGAUAAAGCCAAUCUGUAUGUGCAGCGUUUCAGAAUGACUGCUUUUAUACUGUAAGCAGUGGCUUUUUGAGCACAUUCAUGUUAAGUAGGUCUGAAAGUCAUUACUUCUGGAUAUGGUGGUUAAGCACUUAAUGAAAAAAAAAAAAAAAACCCAGCUUUUCUUAUUUCCCUGGCUGCUAAGCCAAACGGAAAUACUCAUAUGAUUUUUGUUGUUGUUUUCUGUUUUAAAGCAGCAGUAAAGUUUACACUGGAGAUUUUUAAUCUUACAUCUCCUAUUUUUUUCCAGACUUUGUAAUAUUAACUUUCUUUAUGCAGUGUUAUAAUUUUAGUAGGCAGUUUCAUGUAUAAAUUUACCUGAAUUGUCUUUACGCUCUGUUUCUUAGAGAAAUGUGGGAGCACACAGACUGUGUGAAGGAGAACUAAAAUUCUUUUUGCUGCUAAUCUUUCAUCUUGGUUUACUUUUGCCUUUUUGGCGUUACAUGUCCUAAAUAGGAUGAACUUGGAAAUACCAGUUGUUUGUAUCUUUUUGUGCAAAUAAAGAUUUCUUACUCUGGGGUAGCACUUCAAUGUAUAUUUAUACUUGUGUUAGGAAACCUCUAAACACUGAAAAUCAGCUCUAAUAAAGAUUGUCAAUAAACAGUGA